CCCCUUCUAUCCUUUUUAUCUGGGGAUUCAGAGCAGGCAGAUCACUAUGGGACACCAAGCAUAGGUGACAAUGUGUUACCGCUGAUGUUCCGUUAAACGAGACUCAGAUAUUUCUUGUUUCCGUAGUUUAGCCUAACUGGGAGGCAAAAUGUUUCUCAGUUUUAGUUGGUUCUGCUGUGUGGCACUGGCUGGGCUGCCUUUGGCAUGGGCUUCUUGCAUUUCUCAGUGCAGCUGUUUCUAUCAUAAUCUCAGUGAUGGAUCUAAAGCUAGGAGUGUUCUUUGCAACGAUCCAGAAAUAUCAUCAGUUCCGGCAAACUUCCCAGCAGACACUUCCAAACUGCGCAUCGAGAAGACAGCGAUAAGGAGGAUCCCGAGCGAAGCCUUCCAUUACCUGUCCAACUUGGAGUUUCUCUGGAUGUCUUUUAAUUCCUUGUCUACCAUCAAUGUGGAUAGCUUUCGCGGGCUUUACAGCUUGGAUGAGCUGAGACUGGAUGGCAACGAACUCACUUCUUUCCCAUGGGAAUCUCUUAUUGAUAUGCCAAAUUUGAGACUGCUCGACUUGCACAACAAUCAACUGACGGCGGUGCCGGCGGAGGCCAUGGUGUACAUGAAGAACGUCACCUAUUUGGACUUAUCAAGCAAUAAUCUGGUGACUGUGCCCUCGGAGGUCCUCGCCGCUUGGCUCAGCGUGAAACCCAGUCAAGGAGCAUACAGCGAAAGCUCAAAGAUGAUUCUAGGUUUACAUGAUAAUCCCUGGUACUGUGACUGCAGACUGUAUGACCUUGUGCAUUUCCUGAAGUCUCCCUCAUCCUCACUAGCAUUUAUUGAUGGCAGAUUAAGAUGUUCUGACCCGGAAAGUCUAUCUGGAGUUCUUUUUAAUGAAGUUGAACUAAGAAAGUGUCAGAUUCCCACAGUGCAUACGGCAGUAGCAAGGGUCCGCAGUGCUGUGGGUAACAAUGUGAUGCUGCGUUGUGGCACCAUUGGUGUUCCAAUCCCAGACCUCACCUGGAAAAGAGUUGAUGGAAGACUACUCAACGGGACAGUACAACAAGAAAUCUCAAAAGAAGGAAUAAUUUGGUCGAUAUUAAAUGUGCCUGUGGUAUCUUACCGGGAUUCCGGCAAAUACAUCUGCAGAGCAACAAACUUCAUAGGCAGUGCUGAUGCUAUCAUUUCUCUUGUAAUAACAGACUUCAUAAAGCCUGAAAAUCAGACUAGUGUGUCUCCAAAAAGAACCCGGAGUAGGCGACCAAACGGAGUAGUAAAAGCUGCAUAUCAAGAAAAACUUGUGGCUCGAUAUGUUGUCCCAAUGACAACAACAGUGACGCCAAACAUCCAGAUAAAUGGCUAUAGUGACAAGUACCCUGACCUUGAAAAUUAUAGCCUAGCAAAUGGGCAAAUUUCAAACCCAGACAGAAGUAAUGGCCAACCUGAUGGAGACAAAACCAGUCUCAGCAACCUUGCUUCCAACACCUCAUCACUCCAACAGGAGCCAGAACGUGUGGUAAGGUCUGUAAAAGUGAUUGGGGACACGGAUCACACAGUUUCUUUGACAUGGAGAGCUCCUCAAGCAAAAAAUACCACUAUGUUCAGUGUACUCUAUGCAGUGUUUGGAGAGAGAGAAAUGCGCAGAAUUAAUGUUGAUCCAGGAAAGAACAGGAUAACCAUUGAUGGACUCAUGCCAAAGACAAAGUACAUUGCCUGUGUGUGCGUCAAAGGGCUGAUCCCCAAAAAAGAGCAGUGUGUAAUCUUCUCAACAGAUGAAGCUGCCAGUGCUAAUGGAACUCAAAAGCUCAUUAAUGUUGUUGUAAUCACUGUUGCCUGUGUAAUAGCUGUGCCCCUGACACUGAUUGUCUGCUGUGGGGCCUUGAAAAGGAGAUGCAAAAAGUUGUUUAGGAGAAAGGCAAAAGAUAUUCAAGACUCAUAUGUGACAUUUGAGACUUUGUCUCCAGGGCCUAAAGCAAAAGGUCUCGAGGGAGAAUAUCUGACACGGUCCAACCCCGAGGAGUCUAAUCGGCUUUUGUCAGCCAGGUCUAGCUUGGAUUCUGAAGCCACUGCUAAGAUUGAAGGGCAACCCAAUGAGUACUUCUGUUGACAUCUGUCAUCCUGUGUGAUAAAGAUUCAUUUUAUUUGCCCUCAUGGUGCUAAAGGUCACUUUGAUUUGACCAUUUAAAGGAUAAUUGGCACAAAUCUUGGAAUGACUGAGUCAGAAAAUUGCAUUGUAAAGACAUACGGUGGAAGAAAUUGACUAUGUCAAAAGGCAAAGGCAGCUUUGGAUUUCAGACAGGCAAAAAUCUUUUUCAAAUUAAUUGUGCAGUACUUUCAGACUAUUAGUUUGUAUACACUUGGGAAACUAAUGGCAUUACAACACUUUGCGGAACAUUUUCUUCAUGACAUGUUUAGAGGGAAAUGGAAUCUUUGACUUUUUCGCAGUUAAAACUUUUUGGAAAUUAGAUAUUCUAAAAAAUAAUUCAUAUAUAAUUUGUGUGUACUACGAUCAAUGAAAGCUAAAGAAAAUGCUGUUUUCAUUCUGAUAAAAUGCUUUGUAGAAGACAUUUAUUCAAGACACCUUAGCUGCAUUAUCAUAUGGAAACUAAUUAUGCAAUGCUUUUCUGUCGGGACCAAAUUGUAUCUAAAAUUUGACUCUAAUCAUUAACCUUAGACUUCUGUUUAAUGCACCAGAAAUGGGCAAAUGGUAGUCAAGCGAAGGUGUAAAAUAAUAUAGUAAUGAUAAGCAGCAAAAUUUGACUAUACUUGCCCAUAUAUUAUGUAUGCUGUAUAUGUCACUGAUGUAUAUGUACAUUAUAUGCUUGUACAUAUCUGUGUCUGUAUGUAUAUUUAUAUAUAAUGUAUAUUUAAAAUAUUAUAUGUACUGUAAAUAUACAGUAGGUGUUCAUAACCAUAUACAAACAGAGGUUUAUUUAUAUACUGUAUAUGCAGAAGGACUAGACUAAAUUGGGUGAAUUCUGCAUACUUUCACAAAACAAGUACUGGACUGUCACGUAUAGUGGAAGAUCAUUUAAAAAUGAGAGAAAGGGAAAAGAAAUAUUGAAAGUUAGAGUGCUAUAUAUUCAGCUGGGUAAAUGAUGACAUGGUGUACAAUGAAAGAACCAUAUUUGCAACCGUAGUAUUCAGUGUGGUCCUUAAAUGAUCAUUUCACAUUGAACAAUGACAUGCAGUUUGAGGUCUCUUUUGAUUCUUUAGUGUAUUUUGCUUGUGUAUAAGGGUUGAAGAACAAAAGGUCUGAUUCUUAUGAUGUCUGCACAAUAUACACACUUUGACUUAAUAUAUGCAAAGUGAAUUCAACAGCACACAAACGUUUAAACAUUAAAUGUUUUUAUUUUUCCAUUGAAUCAUGGUGUUAUUGGUGUCACUAUAUAAAGUAAAUGUAUUUUAUUCAUUUUAUUUCAAUACGAUUAAACAGUUUGACACACACAGAGCCUGGUGUUUAAAGUUGUUGAAUAAAGUAAUUCAUUUUUACUCACAUACAUCUCAAUCACCAGCAUCUUAAAUUAACUCAACAAAUUGCACAUAUGGUCACAUUCCAUUACUUUUGACAAAUGCAGCACCUUACAUUUAACUGCGAGUUACACCAUAAUAAAUGAAUACUCCUUAUAUUUUUAAAAGAGAAGGACCUUUUGUGACGUGGUGGUAUCUUUGUGCAGUAUGGAAGGGAAACAAAUAAUUAUGCAUUACAUUCUUAGUGGAAUUGCUACUAUAAAAUUGCAACAAGAUAUGAAAGUGCCAAACAAAUGAAAAUAUAAAAUGCUAAUAUUUUUCAAAGACUCUGUAAUACUAGAUAUGUAUUGUUUGAGUUAAUAUGGGUAUACAAUUCUUUGGUAUGCAUUUUCAGUAUUUUCCUAAAGGGAAUGAAAGUCAGUGGUUGUCUUUUUUUAAAAAAAGUUGUAAGUAAUUUUUAUUUCAAUUGAGUUAUAGAAAUUAAUAUGUAUACCUUUGGUAAUGUGAAUCUGAAACUAAAAGCAUUCUUUUCAUGUGCUGGUUUUAUUGUACAAUCAGAUGCUAUUCUGUACCAUUAAGGACCAUCACAAUCUCAUAAAUAAAAUGCAAGAAAGGAACCAUAAUUACCAUGAA